GCGGGGCGGUGGCGGGCCGUGGGCGUGUGUAGGCCGUCCCUGCCGGGCCGGGUGGCGGCUGCCGGGGGAGCCCCGCUCCGUGGGUCCGGCAGCGAGCUGGCGGCGCGGGCGCUGGGGCCCGAGCGACUGCGGGCGGAGAGACAAGAGAUAAUUGAUUCCAUUAUGUGUGCGUCGGCCAAAUAUAACACCCGGGGUCCAGCCCUCAUCCCAAGGAUGAAAACCAAGCAUCGCAUCUACUACAUCACUCUCUUUUCCAUAGUUCUGCUUGGCCUAAUUGCCACAGGAAUGUUCCAGUUCUGGCCUCACUCCAUAGAGUCAUCCAAUGACUGGACUGUUGAAAAACGCAGUGUCCAUGAUGUGCCUGUGGUCAAGCUUCCUGCUGAUAGCCCCAUUCCUGAGCGGGGAGACCUCAGCUGCAGGAUGCACACCUGCUUCGAUGUCUAUCGAUGUGGCUUCAAUCCCAAAAACAAAAUCAAGGUAUACAUCUACUCGCUGAAAAAGUACGUGGAUGAAUACGGGACAUCGGUGAGCAACACCAUUUCCAGGGAGUACAAUGAGCUGCUAACUGCCAUCUCUGACAGUGAAUUCUACACUGAUGAUGUCAACCGGGCCUGCCUUUUUGUGCCAUCCAUAGAUGUCCUCAAUCAGAAUGCACUCCGUAUCAAGGAGACAGCUCAGGCUUUGGCACAGUUAUCCAGGUGGGAUCGGGGCACAAAUCACUUGCUCUUCAAUAUGCUGCCUGGAGGGCCACCAGAUUAUAACACUGCCCUAGAUGUUCCUAGAGAUAGAGCUCUGCUGGCUGGUGGAGGCUUCUCCACGUGGACUUACCGGCAAGGCUAUGAUGUCAGUAUUCCUGUUUACAGCUCAUUGUCGGGGGAAGUGGAUCUGCCAGAAAGAGGACCGGGUCCUCGCAGGUAUUUCAUUCUGUCAUCUCAAAUGGCUCUGCACCCAGAAUACCGGUCCGAGUUGGAAGCUCUUCAAGCUGAGAAUGGGGAAUCAGUGUUGAUCCUAGACAAAUGUACAAAUCUGUCAGAUGGGGUCCCCGCUGUCCGCAAACGCUGUCACAAGAACCAAGUCUUUGAUUAUCCUCAAGUGCUUCAGGAGUCUACAUUCUGUGUUGUUCUACGUGGAGCCCGCCUGGGACAGGCUGUGCUAAGCGACGUUCUUCAAGCUGGAUGUGUCCCAGUCAUCAUUGCUGACUCCUACAUUUUACCUUUCUCUGAGGUUCUGGACUGGAAGAGGGCCUCAGUUGUCAUCCCUGAAGAAAAGAUGCCUGAAAUGUACGGUAUUCUGCAAAGUGUCCCCCAGCGACAGAUUGAAGAGAUGCAAAGACAGGCAAGGUGGUUUUGGGAAGCAUAUUUUCGGUCGAUGAAAGCAAUUGCUCUUGCUACUCUUCAGAUAAUCAAUGAUAGAAUUUACCCAUAUGCUGCGAUUUCUUAUGAAGAAUGGAAUGAUCCUCCAGCUGUGAAAUGGAGCAGUGUGAGCAACCCGCUCUUCCUUCCGCUGAUCCCACCUCAGUCCCAAGGUUUCACAGCCAUAGUUCUGACCUAUGACCGGGUGGAGAGCCUGUUCCGAGUCAUCACGGAGGUGUCUAAAGUGCCUAGUCUAUCUAAAUUGUUAGUUGUCUGGAACAACCAGAAUAAGAAUCCACCAGAAGAUUCCCUCUGGCCAAAGAUUCGUGUUCCCCUGAAAGUCGUUAGGACUGCGGAAAACAAACUUAGUAACCGCUUCUUCCCCUAUGAUGAGAUUGAAACAGAAGCAGUGUUGGCUAUUGAUGAUGAUAUCAUUAUGCUAACCUCAGAUGAACUCCAGUUUGGCUAUGAGGUUUGGCGUGAGUUCCCUGAUCGGUUGGUUGGAUAUCCAGGCCGCCUGCAUCUUUGGGACCACGAAAUGAACAAAUGGAAGUAUGAAUCAGAAUGGACCAAUGAAGUCUCCAUGGUGCUCACUGGGGCAGCGUUUUAUCACAAGUACUUCAACUAUCUUUACACCUACAAAAUGCCUGGAGACAUCAAGAACUGGGUGGAUGCUCAUAUGAACUGUGAAGAUAUUGCCAUGAAUUUUCUAGUGGCAAAUGUCACUGGCAAAUCAGUCAUUAAGGUGACCCCACGAAAGAAGUUCAAAUGUCCAGAAUGCACGGCAAUUGAUGGGUUAUCACUGGACCAGACACACAUGGUGGAAAGAUCUGAAUGCAUCAAUAAGUUUGCCUCAGUCUUUGGGACCAUGCCUCUGAAAGUGGUGGAGCACCGUGCUGACCCUGUCCUGUACAAAGAUGACUUUCCUGAGAAACUGAAGAGCUUUCCCAAUAUCGGCAGCUUGUAAAGGCAGCUGUGAGACAAACCUGAGUGAUGAAAAAGACGGCCAGAAAGGUGCUAUCAGGAAUAUGAGGCCCUGAAGAAAAAAAAUCGCUGGAGAGUGGGUUACAUCUGAGGCAGAUGGGAAUUAAUGUUUUAUUCUGGUAUGUUAUCUUCCCCUUACAUUGCGCAAAGAUGUAAUGGAAAGCUGAACAACUGCUUCUCUGUUGCUCACGGAGGAUUGAAUCUGUUCAUGGGUCCUCCCAGAAGUGUCAAACACAGACUUUUCUCCAAAGGAGGCUAUACACUUGAAAGAAUAAAACAGAAUCUCGCUCCCUGUGGUCUGAUUGGCAUGACUGACCUCUUCUAUCGAAUGUGCUUCAGUUCUCUGAUUUGUAAGCAUCCAUCCAUUCAAAGCAACUGUCUGCAACGUAUAGCUGCUCUGUUUUGGGAGGAGCUUAUUGCCUGUGCGGUUGGUGGGCCUCUGUCGUUUGAGCUUAAUGUUUCUCUAAGUAACUGUGUAACAAAUUAUAUAUUUUUUUUUCUGCAUAAUGAGACAAAUGUUUAUUUUUCUACAACAUCAGCAACAAAAAUCUGCGUGUUGUCAUGUGGUGUAAAGGGCAAAACAUUUUGUUACUUAAAUUAUUUUGAUGCAAAUUGAGACACACAGCAGCUGGGAGGAUGGUCUCCUUCAAAGCAGAGAGCUGCAGGACAGAACUCGAAUUCCUACACCUCUUCUGCAUAAAUCUCAGGUUUUCUGCCGCAUCCAUGCAAAAGACAGUGACUCUGUCAAAACUGCUUGUGUUACGCAUAGAAGAUGUAUCUUUCAGUCUUGCUGUAUUUUUAUUUUCAUUAUCAAAACAGCGGUCAGGUUAUAGUUUUAUAUUGCAGGCACACACAGGACAAGAGCUAUGAAGUAAGGUUUUCACAUAUGAAUCCUCUUCAGCAAGCAAACUCCUGUAAGUUACCAUUGUUGGAAAAAUCUGCUGGAUCUUUGCUUGUAGUUUAACUAAGGAACCUAUUGCCGCAGGUUGCCCCUGAAACAUACAGCUUAGGUAGGCUUUUGGAGAGGCUUUACGUUUCUUAAGAGCAUUGGAAUUGUUUCUCAAUACUGAAAUUAACCUGGAAUAGAAAACUAAAUGCAGCAAAAUUAGAAAUAAAAUUGCCUGGACUAUUACUUCUUGCCCUUUGAUAUUAAAGAUGGUCUCAAAUCGGGCUGAGAAAGGAAUCUCUGUUCCAGCUCCACUGACAAAAUGUUUGUUACCAGGUAAGGAUGAUUUCAGCGUCUUUUGAAACCUCCAUUGCUGCCAGUUACCGAGACAUCCUACUUGAUGGGCUGCUUUUUCUGUUACAUUGUGAGCAACGUUAUUCCUCAGAUUUUGCCAAACCCCAAACAAUAGGACAAGUGUUAGGCAUCACGGUUCACCCCCUCUCCUAAGCUGGAUAGGCAGCAAUGACAGAAAGCAAAUGAAAGUCAGGCUAGAAACAGGAAACAUCUGCUCCUAUUUGUCUCACCCCCACUAAGACUUAUCUUAUUGCCCAAUGCAGUGGAUGUGCUGUGAAUGAAAAUCAUAUUGGAACAAUAGCUCUGAGGGGAUGCUUCACUUCAUAACUCCCCUGGGAUGUGCCUGUAAACUGUAUCGUCCGAUUCUCUGGGAACGUUUAAUUACUAGUAAAUGUUUUUCGCUGCAGUCUUUGUUUCAUUCCUGACUUGCUGUGGGAGGGGGUAUAGGAGGAUAGCUGUUGCAGUGACAACUGCUGUCUGCACAGUGGGUAUCGCAAGAUAAAGGAAGGUUUGUCACUCGCUAUUUCUCCUUUGCAGCCUCUCAGUUCAUUCACGUGCACUUUCUUUCUGAAUCUUCUUGUUGAUUUAUGUCCUGGUGCUUGAGCAUCAGGAGAUACCAGCGUAUUUCCCUCGAGAAGUUUGCUUUAAAAGGGUAGCCGUGACAGAGCAGUAGUCACUUCAGUUUUGACUGUUCUUUGGGGCUGAUCUCAGCUUGGCAGGCCUUAGCAGUUUACCUGACUUCAACGUCUUCCUUACACAGAGUUGUGAAGCUGCUGUGAUUUCUUAGUUCUUUCUCAGUAAGCCAGUAAAAAAUAUACUUUUUGCAGAGUCUUAAAAGACAUGGAAGAUUUGAAAUAGUUGGUGGAAUAUUUUUAGGUGGAGACAGCCUAAGCAGCACUCCGAAACUGGUCUAUAGUCUCAGGUCAGUAAAAAGGCAACAGGUCCUUGUGCCUGCAUCCCAAAGCAUCUGAGUGAGUUCCCUUUCUACAAAAUGCCCACUGACCCCUAUCAAUCAUGGUUUGUCCUCUUACAGUUGCUUUUAUAGGGCCAUCUUACUUAGAUGGUAAUUUGUCUCUAGUUUGUGCCACGGAGAAAAUUGGGAAACUGACUAUUAAAAAAAAAAGAGGCCUACUUCCCCUCUACAUUUAUAAUUGUGAUAUUCUUGAUGCAAAAUCUGUAAAGGUAAGAUGUACCUGUAUGUCUGAUUUGGAAUGGGUUUAUUGUCAGUCUUUAAAUUAAGAUCAUUGUUAACUUUUCAUUGUAUAUGUAUGUUCUCAAAAAAGGGUUAAUGUUGGUAUAUUAAAAAAGUA